UUAAGACAAACAGCUGAAAUUUCACUCAAAGUGGAAUUGCAAGUGUCUGGAUUUGGGGAAUAAAAGUCUCGUUUGCUCGGUGCUGGUGAAUAAUUUGUGAUUCAGGCUCUCGGACCAGGGUUUUGAAAUAAUGGCAGGAAAACCAAACCUAGAGGGACAGUACUUAGCUGCAGAUGUUUUUGUCAUGAAAGAGAAACGCGUUCACCGCUCGAGCUGUGUGAAGUUUGGGACGCUGCUGGCUCUGGUGGUGAUUUUGCUUCUACUGGGUUCCUUUGGUGCUCACUAUUACUGGGAGCAGAGGGAGAGCAAGGUUUAUGACAUAUUUUAUCGAAUAAACAUCAAUGGUACUGUCAAAGAAAGUUUAAUGAAGGUUGAUGCGGUAAACAGCUUUGAGACCUUCACAACUGGAAAUGGUAGCGAAGAAUCUGUGGAAAUACAUGAUUUUAAAAGUGGACUGACAGGGAUAUGGUUCGCUGGAGGAGAAAAAUGCUACAUCAAAAGACAAAAUAAAAUGAUUCUUCCCAAUACUGCACCUAUCAAGAAUGAUGAAGAAUUGAUUAGUCUGCAAGAUGAAAUGAUGCCAGUGAAGUUUGAUGAAACUGUUGUUUGGGUGGCAGCUGAACACCCAAUUAAGGACCAACGUUUUCUGCUGAAUUCAAAAGUCCUGGAAGUGUGUGGAAAUCUUCCAAUUUAUUGGCUUCGUCCAUCAUAUUUGAAAGACCCAGGAUUUUAUGAUUUUGGAGAACCAGAGAAAGUCGAAGAAGAUGAAUUCACUACACACUCAGAAACCGAACCCAACAGAAAACGUCCAUCACGUUCUGUGGAUGAUGAUGAUCUGAAUGACUAUACAGAACAUGGACUUUACAUUGAUCCUUGGUAUGACCAGAAUGGAUUCUGUUGUGCUCUGUGUCGUCGUGGACAUCAAUAUUGCCAGCGAGUCUGUGAACCUCUUGGUGGCUAUAUGCCAUACCCUUACCACUACCGAGGCUGCCGUGUUAUCUGCCGGAUUAUUAUGCCAUGCAACUGGUGGGUUGCACGCAUCCUGGGGAGGGUAUAAAAUCAGUUCUCUGCAGUAAGUGUGUCAGCAGUCUACAGUGUCUAUUGCAGCGCCUUUAGCUGCUCUGCCCUCCAAAUGCCUAGAUCUUUGAAUCUGAUCACCAACAAUGUUAAAACUAUCAAUUAACUGUUCUAAUAAAACAAGGAAUUCCAACAUUCCACUUUCCUUUUAGAAUAUUGCAAGCAAGAUCAGACUUUGCACCUUUUGGACAUCAUUUUAUUCAGUUUCUGUAAGAAUUAACAUUUGAUUAAUUGUGUGGGAAUAUGUUUAGUUUAUGGCUGAGAGCUAUUGUUCCUUAGUGAACCCCAAGUUAGUGGGUUAAAUUGAAUAUCAAACACCUAAUAUUCUGAUCAAGAAGAAUUGCCAUCAUCAAUUUCAGAUUUUUGCUUUCAAUAUAAACUUUCUGUGCUGUUGCCAAAGUCUUCUAAUAAGAAAAGACAUUAAAUUAUGUGAUAAUUUCUCAAGCUCUGAAAGUAAUUUAGUCCUGUGGAGAAUAUCAACAUAGGUCACUAUGAACAAACUACACCCACGCAACAAAAAUCAUUAUGUAUUUUUUUCUUUUAAAUAUUAAACUCUGUAAGCAUUAAUCAUAGAAUUUUUCAUGUUGUCCACAUAAAGGUUCUCUUUAAGCAGCAGGGCACAAGUUAUAAAAUAUAUAUGUACUUAAUCAUAAUUUGCUAAUGGAAAAUCAUCUUUUCUACCACUUGUGGUGCUAUAUUUAGUGUCUCACUGUACAGCUUAAGAAAACAAGAUCAUCUUCAUUGUAAAUGUAUUGCAUUCCUAAUCUGAGAUUUCAAACCACAAACAUCAUAAUCCAUUAGUAUUUUCCGUAUGCAUUACACAUUGGUGAAUCAUUGCGGAACGUUUUAUACUUAGAAUAGUGUCUUUAUGAUUCCACAGAAUUAAUAAAUUUAUCUCAUCAUAAAAAAAGAUAAAAUUUUGCUUCUCUCAACUUUGCAUAUUUUUCAAUGACUGUCACACUUCAUAUGUCACAAAAUAAGGCUCUUUUAAGAGAAGUAAAGUCAAUCAUUGCCGACACAAAGAGAAAUGACUUUCCUAUGACCUCCAAUUGACUUGAUGAUCUGCUAAAAGCAGUUAGUCUCUCAUUAGCCUAGGCGAACAAGCAAUUACACUUUAUGGCUGUAAUAGGGGCAGACUGAGCUAUACAUAACUAGUUUUAGCAGCAGAAUUUGUGGAUUAUUUGUAAGAUAAUUUUAAUGAGAAAUUGUCAAGAUCUGAUGGGCUGCUGUUUCACUGCCUGUCUGAUUUUGCCUUCUGUAGGAAGUAAAUCCUUUGAGGAUCUUGUGCUGCAGCACUGCUGUCCCUACCUCUGAGCCAAAAGACCUACAUUCAAGUCCCAUCUACUUCAGAGGUGGGUCAUAACAGUUUGAUUAAAAAUAUCUAGAAAGUAAUCCUCUGUUAGCAGCCCAGAGCCAUUUAUAAUUACUAGAAAAUGCAGGUUUUAUUAAAACUACUGGUAUGUUUUUAAUAAUACUUGAUCUUAUUAUUUUGAUUUAGAGCCUCACUAUUACACUUAAAAUCACCUGUCAUAAAGGAUUACCAGUAAGUGGAGACAAGAAACCAUUAGACCAGCAAUAAAUUUAACCCACCUUGAUCAUUCUCAAAUCUAAUGAAAUAUGCGUUGUGCACAUACCAGACUAUGUUCACUGCAGGUAACCAAGCUGUCUCAGUAACUGAAUUACUGAAAAAUAGGUUGAAACAAGUCAGGGAUAGUAAAUAAAAAGUGGAUCACAGUGAAUAGGCUCGUUUCGCAAUAAUAGUGCUGUUAAAGUGGAGCAUUUUGUGGAUAUCUAACAGACCCACGUUUUUUUUAAAAAAUUAGAACUAUUUGAAUUGCAUCCUUCAGCAAUUAGCAACGUUCUGUAGAAGUGCAGUAAUAUUUGCCAGAGUCAAGAGACUGAGCUGAAAUAAAAAAUCCCUUUAUGUUACCAAAGGUCCAUCAUCACAAUGCAAACAAGUUUUCCUUUAGGCAGUGUAGUGUGUUGCAUUUUUGUAUAAUGCUUAUGGAAGCAUUUGAAAAUGCAAACAGUUCAGCUCUCCUUAUUGGUGAGGAAUUAAGAGCCAUUAUAUUUCUACUGAAGAAUGUGCUAGUGUUUUGAAAUGUAUUAAAACUGGAUAAGCCAUCAAGAUUUCUAAACCACUGUGAUUGGUGUCUUUGUUAGCAACAGAAAUGAUGUGGAGAUGCUGGUGUUGGACUGGCGUGGACAUAGUUAAAAAUCACACAACACCAGAUUAUAGUCAC